AUGUGGUUUCAGUUCAGCCGAUUUCUUGUUAAAUUACUGUCCAAUCUCCAUCGCCACAUCUUUCUCCCUCGAUUAGGAAUGACUAUUACAAGUAAGAGGAUCAAAACUUGUGACAACAGUGAUGUGGCACCUUGUGAAGUUUGCAAGUCAUGGAGGUUACUCGCACUCCCUAACAAGAAAAGGUUUAUGGCAUCCAAACCACCCAUGUUAAUGCGUAUCUCUACUCGUGCUUCUAAUAAGAAAAGGUUCUGCCUAGAGGACUUUGAAGGAGGAAAAUUUAAAACCACACUUCCCCAUUCUUGUGGCAGGGUUUAUCUUGGAUUAACUUGUGGUUACUUUAUCAUGUUUGGGAGGGAUACCAAAGACUUCUGCCUUGUGAAUCCUAUCACAAGGCAUGGACUUCAUUUCCCUCCUGUUCCCACUCCCUAUUGUGAAUCAAGAAUCAGUGCUAUCCUUGUCUUUUCUUCUGUAAUAUCGAAAUGGGUGUUUGUUAUAUUAUAUAGAUUCGACUGUCUAAUAUGGUUUUGUAUAGCGGGUGAAGGAGCAUGGAAUCAUGUGUGUCACACUUCCCCCAUCAUUGAUAUACAUUCUUUCAAGGGUAAGAUAUAUACCAUAGACUAUGAUUACAAUAGUGGUAGAGGGGAAGCAAGACAUUUAUGUGAAAUGAGGCUCAAUCCAGAGCCCAAACUGAUGUUACUCGAAACCAAGAAUUUUCCAAAGGAAGACUUAAUUCUCCCAAAGUUUGUCAGUUCGGAUGAAAACCUUUAUCUGACAGAAUCCUUUCCAAAUAAUUCGUGGAAGGUUUUUGAACUUGAUUUUGGCAAAAUGAAAUGGGUGCCGUUUGAAGAGACAGGAGAUGAAUAUACAUUUUUCUUUAACGGUUUUAAACAUGGUGCUGCUGUUAAACUAGAGUCGAAAGACGGGAGAUAUGAUGAUCUUGAUGAAAGUGGAAAUGGCAGGUUCAUUGGUAGGAACAUGUGGUACUUCCCUCAUGAAUGUUUGAAUGUUAAUCUCUUACAUGAGUGA